AUGGAAGAAACACAGAAACAUAAAAGCAAUUACCGAAACAAAGUCUUCAUAACACCUUUUAGUAACAGGAGUCAUGAAAACGAAAAAAAAAUUGCUGGUUAUGAAAAAACACAAACAUACACACACUCCCACCUACAUGUUCACAAUACCAACAAUCACAAGUUAAACUACGAUCAAAACACAAAAACGUUUGCGAUUCACAAGAAUACAAAACUACACUCAACACAAAGUGAGAAUCGGCUCUCGGCGAAGAUUGUCGAGAAACACAGGCUGGUGCUCGCAGAGGAGCUCCGCGCCUUAAAGAGAAAGCGCGAACAGGACCGGGAACGUAAGGCUGCCCUGGCGAGGAGACUGCGUGAGAAGGAGAAGGCACGCCAAGGAAGACUGCGCCGGCAACUGGAGGAGAAGCGCCGCCGGGCCGCUGAGCAGCUGCGCACCGAGACGGAGGAGUUGCUGUCCGUGGCCCGCCGCACGAGGUCGGAAGAGAACAACGCCUCGAUGAUGAGGGCGCGUGAGAGCAAGGACGAGUCGAGAAGACGGCGGGAGCAGGAGAACCAGAUUAAGGCGAGACUGGCCGAGGAGCGCAGGCUGGUGCUCGCAGAGGAGCUCCGCGCCUUACAGAGAAAGCGCGAGAAGGACCUGGAACGCAGGGCUGCCCUGACGAGGAGACUGCGUGAGAAGGAGAAGGCACGCCAAGGAAGACUGCGCCGGCAACUGGAGGAGAAGCGCCGCCGGGCCGCUGAGCAGCUGCGCACCGAGACGGAGGAGUUGCUGUCCGUGGCCCGCCGCACGAGGUCGGAAGAGAACAACGCCUCGAUGAUGAGGGCGCGUGAGAGCAAGGACGAGUCGAGAAGACGGCGGGAGCAGGAGAACCAGAUUAAGGUGGCGUCUGAGAAUUUUGUUCCUUUGUUUCCUUCGAUGAGAAGUAGUAGACGUAGUAGUACUUGUAUGUUUGAUACUUCCUCGAGGCGAUAG